CUCUAGGUCCUCUUGCACGGGAGUGGUGAGUACACGUAAAAAGGAGAGCCGUAGCGAGGAGAGCGUGAUGGCUGCAGAAGCAACGUAUCGGAGGCCCGAGAUCCGGAAAGACGCUAUCCACAACCGGUGGAUCAUAUUCUCACCGGCGAGAGCACGGCGACCUUCGGACUUCAAGUCCAAUUCAGACCUAAAUCCGAACUCCAACAACCGAUCUGAGUGCCCCUUCUGCGUGGGCCACGAGCACGAGUGUGCGCCGGAGAUUUUCCGGGUCCCGCCCGAUUCCACGUCCGACUGGCAAAUCAGAGUCAUCCAGAACCUCUACCCUGCUCUCAACCGUGAACUCAAUUUUCCAAAUUGCCCUUCCGAGUCCGGUCAAUGUAGCGGCGACGUGGCUGUGAUUGGGUUCGGGUUUCACGACGUUGUGAUCGAGUCGCCAGUUCACCCUGUUCACUUGGCCGAUCUUUCUCCGGCUCAGGUAGGCGAUGUCUUGCUCGCUUACAAGACCAGAAUUGACCAGCUUCGCACUUUGGAUUCCAUCAAAUAUGUUCAGGUGUUCAAAAAUCAUGGUUCAUCAGCUGGUGCAUCGAUGAGUCAUUCACACAGUCAGAUAAUGGCACUUCCUGUUGUUCCUUCCGCGGUGUCUUCACGCAUUGAAAGCAUGAAGGAAUUCUUUGAGCAGACAGGAAAAUGUAGCCUCUGCCAAGUCCGGACGGACCAUUUAUUGAUUGAUGAAUCCACCCAUUUCCUGUCGAUUGUUCCAUUUGCUGCAACUUUCCCUUUUGAGAUAUGGGCUAUUCCUCGAUAUCACUCUUCUCAUUUUCAUGAGCUAGAUAGCGACAAGGCAGUGGAUCUUGGAGGAUUACUAAAACUUAUGCUUGUGAAGAUGUCUUCACAGUUGAACAACCCGCCUUUCAAUUUAAUGAUUCACACUGCUCCACUUCAGAUCAAUCCCUCACAAUUACCUUCCACUCACUGGUUUUUACAGAUAGUGCCCCAGUUAAGUGGUGUGGGGGGAUUUGAGAUGGGGACAGGGUGUUACAUAAAUCCUGUUUUCCCGGAGGAUGCUGCGAAAGUUUUGAGAGAAGUAAGUGUUCCAAAUAAUGGAUGAAAGUUUACAAGCACAUUUUUUUGGUUUAGCGCAUAUAAUUAUGAAAAAUAGUUUUAUAACAUGUGUGGGAAUAUUUUUUUUUUUUUUAAUUUGUUAUAUCAGUGUAAGUACAUGUGGAUAGUUUAAGAUAUUCUGUAUUCACCUUGUUUAUGGUGUUAUACCAUUGUAUUAUAUUCUGGAAUUGACUGUGAGAAGCGAUACUACUAUUAAA